CAAAGUCCCCCAACCCCGAGCCCUCAGAGCCUGGACUUCAGGAAGAGCCAAGAGUGGGUCAGAGGCACUGGAGAUUAGUGUUUCAUCAGGAGAGGGGCUGUAGUGAGGAGUGUUUUUGCUGAGGAUCUACUAUGCGCUGGCAUUGUACUGUGCUGCAUGCAGGGAAGAGGAUAAACUUGGCGUCUGCCUCUCCACAAACGGAACAUUCACUUGGCCACCCAGGCAGGUAUGAAGUCAGCAAUCACAGUUAGCGUGUAAGUGCUCAGACGGUGAACGAGCAUGCUACCACUGGUGGACAUGAACGGAAGUGCGCUUUCCACACCCAUUCCAGACUUGCAAGAAAGAAAACCUACCCAGAAGUUGGAAGGAAUCCAGAAGACAUGGACAAACCCACAGCUCUCCCUUGAGAGAGAGGUGUGCCCUUUCAUUUCUCAGGUCUACUGAAGCCAGAGAAGAUUAAUUGAGGGAUUGCUUGCCUCCGAGGCAUUUCACUUAAGCAGGCUCGGUCCUGGAUCAGCAAUGUUCCAGGCUGUCAGGAGAAACACACACUUGGGCAUCUCCUGUGUGAAAUCCCCAUAACCACAGCUUCUGACUGAGGGCUUUGUAAACCCUCUCCACCCUCGGGGGCCAAAGAAAUCCGGUACCAAACAGCCCUGGUUGACCGUCCCUCGCCAUGUCUUCCCACAAGACUUUCAGGAUCAAGCGAUUCCUGGACAAGAAUCAAAAGCAGAAUCAUCCUGUUCCCCACUGGAUUUGGAUGAAAACUGGUAAUAAAAUCAGGUACAACUCUGAGAGGAAGCAUUGGAGAAGGACCAGGCUGGGUCAAUAAGGGAUCGCACACAAGACGGCACACAAGUUUAUGCUGCAUGAAGGUCACGUGUUCCUAUCCUAUUACUCUGUAAACAUCACAACCGCCUGAACAAUGGAUAUGUUUUAUCAGGAAAAUGA